AAUUAAACUCACUUGCCUCUUUCUUGUAAAAAAACAUACAUUUCAGACAACCGAUUCGGCCAGUCACGUGCCACUGCCACAGGAUUGAAAACAAAAAUUAAGAAAAAAAGGCAGCAAAAUGACUAAAAAUAAAUAAAAACAAUGCAACUGUUGUGCCCACAACCGAUGUUAAUUACAUUUACGACCAGCACCUAAUCCACCUCACAACCAAACGAAACCAAAACCCUUUUUGUUUUUUGAUUUUGUUUUUUGAUUUUUUUUUCUUGUGGAAAAGGGCGCUGUGGUUGCUGCUAUUGCUGGCAUCUAAUCCAUUUCUCUUGUUCCUUUUUUUAUUUCAUGAAAAGUUUGAAAAAGAAGAAAAAGAGCGAGAAGGAAAACCACAAGCUCUUGGUCUUCUUCCAUCUCCCUCCUGCAGAUCUUGUCUGAUUCUUCACUGCCCGAGUUCGAUCCGGGUCGACCCGGGAAGCAGUUGAGAUGUUUACUCGAAUCUGACAAGUGAAGGAAUAAAAAGCCGAAAUGUCGGCGCCUACGGCCUCGUUCGAACGCCCUCGUAUUGGGAACUCGAAUACGAUAUUCAAGAGUGGACAUCUGCUCAUAUCAUCUAAAGGCUUGGGAUGGAAGUCUUGGAAGAAGAGGUGGUUCAUCCUUACACGCACUUCCUUGGUUUUCUUCAAGAAUGAUCCUGCUGAAACUUCUGAGGACCUGUUUGAGUGGAAAACUGCCCUUGAGAAUGCUCUGGCACAAGCGCCCAACGCUGCUCUUGUUAUGGGACACAAUGGGAUAUUUAGAAAUGAUGCUAAUGAUUCUAUUGAGGGGUCUUUCCAUCAAUGGAGAGAGAGACGCCCGGUGAAGUCUUUGGUUGUAGGACGCCCAAUUUUGCUUGCAUUGGAAGAUAUUGAUGGUGGCCCGUCCUUCCUAGAGAAAGCACUUCGGUUUCUCGAGAAAUAUGGAAUUAAAGUAGAAGGAAUUUUGAGGCAGUCUGCAGACGUUGAAGAAGUGGAACGAAGGGUUCAAGAAUAUGAGCAAGGCAAGACUGAAUUUGACUCUGCUGAGGAUGCUCAUGUUAUUGGUGAUUGCAUUAAGCAUAUUCUUCGGGAGCUACCUUCCUCGCCUGUCCCUGCAUCAUGUUGCACUGCCUUGUUGGAAGCCUUCAAAAUCGACCGAAAGGAAGCCCAGGUGAACGCAAUGCGCUCGGCCAUACAUGAAGCAUUUCCAGAACCAAAUAGACGCCUCCUGCAGAGAGUUCUUAAAACGAUGCAUACGAUUUCUUCUCAUUCAUCUGAGAAUCGUAUGACCCCGUCGGCCGUUGCUGCUUGCAUGGCUCCAUUGCUGUUGCGUCCACUUUUAGCUGGCGAAUGUGAAUUAGAGGAUGACCUUGACAUCAAUGGAGAUCAUUCGUCUCAGCUUCUUGCUGCUGCAAAUGCUGCUAAUAGUGCCCAGGCAAUCGUUACAACUCUUCUUGAAGAGUAUGACAAUAUUUUUGACGAUGAUAUUCUGCACAGGUGCUCCAUGUCUGUAGAUUCUCAAACUGAUAACAGUGCAAGUGAAGAUUCGAGCGAUGAUGAAAAUCCUGACGCCAUUGGAAAUGAUGAUUCGGAUGACGGUUCUCGUUCUAUAGAAACAAAAUCAAACCCAGUAUUGGAUCCUAGAACUAUUAGUGAUUCUGUUAUUCCAGUUAACCACCAACUAAGGGCACGUGAGAAAAACUCGACUAGUGCUUCUGAAGAUAUACUUCGUAAUGAGGCCCAGAGAUCUAUGGGAGAGAUUUUGUCCUCUAUGAAUCAAGAGCCCCAUCAACCAGUCACUGGACCCAACCUACCGACUGAGAAGGCAAUACCCAAAUCCACUAAUACGAGUAAUGGUAGUGCCAAAAAGGGGACAUUUUGGGGAAAGAAAAAUGCCAGGAAAUCUCCUUCAACAGAAUCGAUUGACUCAUCUGGCGAGGAAGAGCUUGCCAUCCAGAGACUGGAGGUAGCUAAAAAUGAUUUGCGCCAAAGAAUUGCAAAAGAGGCAAGAGGAAAUGCAAUUUUGCAAGCUAGCUUGGAGAGAAGGAAGCAAGCUUUGCAUGAAAGGCGAUUGGCACUUGAACAAGAUGUAGCAAGACUGCAAGAACAAUUGCAAGCUGAGAGAGAGCUUCGUGCUGCUCUGGAAGUUGGCCUAAGCAUUUCUUCUGCGCAAUUUCCCAGUUCUCAUGGCAUGGAUUCCAAGACGAGGGCUGAGCUCGAGGAGAUAGCUCUUGCCGAAGCUGAUGUUGCGAGACUGAAACAGAAAGUUGCCGAGCUUCACCAUCAGCUUAACCAGCAACGUCAGCAUCACUAUGGCUCGCUUCCUGAUGCACGUGAACGAUAUCAACAUAUUCCGAACCAAAAUCUGCAGCAAAAAUAUUUCCAGCAAGAUUUUGAUACGACUCUCGCUGUCUGUAACAACGAAAGGAAACAAAGGACAGAGGAGUUAUUGGGUUCGGACUCGAGAAAUGUUAAGGGACAAAUAUCGACAGCUGGCACCAAUAGCAAGCUUUCUUCCAGGAAGAGCUUAGUGGAGUCGCCUAGCAUAAGUAAUUCCAAAAGUACUGAAGCAUCCACAGGUUUAUCUGCGGACGAUCUCGGUGCUGUUGACUCUGCAUAUUUGCCUUCUACUUCUAGAGCAGCUGAGGUGAUGGAUUAUCCUCGUCAUCCAUCAGCAGCAUCCUCGACUCUAGUGGAGUUGACAACACGUCUCGAUUUUUUCAAGGAAAGAAGGUCUCAGUUAAUGGAGCAACUUCAGAACUUGGAUUUGAACUAUGGAUCAAUCAAUCAUCAAGAUUUUGUGUACAAACCAUCAUCUCCUCCCUGGAGCUAGCUCACUUAUUUUGAGUGUGUUUAAAACAGACGGAUGAAAUUGUGAUUCCCUUUUUGUAUAUUGUCUGCAGAAAAUAAUAGUAUAUAGAUUAUUGUUCUAUGUAUUUGCUAUAUUGCUUGGAGUUCUUGGUUUGUUUCUCUGUGUUGGCUUACACAGAGAGGAUGUAAAGUGUCUAGGCUCGUCGAAUUUGUGUUGUUAUAUUUCUUGUUCUACUACUACUACUACUACCUUUUUUGUUCAUUUUUUUUAAGAACUGUAUUGGAGUCUGUAAGCAAAAUGAUGGACAAGGAUGUUGGCGAUCAGUGUAAAAAUAACGUUUUGUAAAGUAAUUUGUGGAGUUGGUCAAUAAUGUUUGUGUGCCAAAGCUUGGGUA